UGGUGCUGCUGCAGCCGCACGUGGUCAACUGAGUCCGCCUCAGACUCAGCUGCGCUCCGCGUCCUCAGCAGCAGCAGCUUGCCUUCCUGCUCGUCCCGCUCGCUAUGUCCGCUUCCACCGGCUGCCCGAUUCCUGGGGGCAGGGACCGGUUGCCCGAUGGCUACAGCACCACGCCGGGGGGCACGCUAUACGCCACUACCCCGGGAGGCACCAGGAUCAUCUACGACCGAAAGUUCCUGCUGGAGUGCAAGAACUCACCCAUUGCCCGGACGCCUCCCUGCUGCCUCCCUCAGAUUCCCGGGGUCACAACUCCUCCAACAGCCCCACCCUCCAGGCUGGAGGAACUGAAGGAGCAGAAGGAGACAGAGGAAGAGACACCCGAUGACGCACAAUUUGAAAUGGACAUCUAAUCCAGUGCAGAGGACCACGUGUGAAGUUAGACGACUCCCUCAUGCCGCUGCUGCAACCACCUCUUCCUGGGCUAUCCAAAGGCCAGCUGACCUCAUCUAACCUGGGAGUGACUGUUGGUCUGGCCUCUCUUGUUCUGAGGCAACUAGACCAGGGAUAGGAUUGGGCAACUUGCCAAGCCCUUAGCUCUACUUUCUCUUUGGUCUGUAGACACUCCUCCCAAACCCCCAGCCCUCCAUUGCCAGGCUGUGGCUACAACUGGGGGAUGUCACUUUCUGACUGCUUAGUAAACAUUCAAAGAAGU